CCGACCUUUUUCACCUUCACUACUCGCUCCCCGCGUAAUUUUGUUCCAAAGGGGGCGGGAAUCCAAGCUCACGCCGCCACUUCUAGUCGCCCUGGCGCCGCUUUGCACCGACGAAAGUCCGCCGUGCUCCUCAACUUCACCGGCUGUGACCAAUGACACUCGGCAAGCUGAAGAAGGGCCGUGUCCGCAGGUCAGGUGCCUCGAACAGGGCUCCUGACUCGAGGUUCGUGGUAGCUACAUCCAGGGGCUGCCCACAUGGCACCCAGUCUGCAUGCAUGCGUCUUUUUGUGGUGCGUGCGUGUGUGUGUCAGGAUUCCCCAGGAGCCGAUUCACUUCAGUGCAGAAGAGCCCAGCACCUUCAGAUUUGACCUCGACAGGCGGAAAAGUAAGCCACGGCGGCAUUCCAUGACAUUGUGUGUGUUUGCAAUGCGAUGUGGCUCAUCGGCAGAUUUCGAUGCGACUCUGCGUGGAUUUGCCUUCAACGCCAAGGGCGUGCCCGAGUGGCUCAAGGACAGGAAGAAAGAGCGCGAGACCAAACAGCAGAUCCAGCCCACAUACGACCCUGAAAAGAGCCUCAGGCUCAGGUGAGCCAGUACCAGUGCGGAUGCUCUCAAAAGGAUGGUGAUGUGUACUUUUCUUCUGUGUGUGCAAGUGCGAGCGACUUUUCCAUGACUAAUAUGCUGGGCCGUGCUGUGGUGCCGACGGUCCACGCGGAGCCCUCUGCCAUUGCCAAAGUGCCAGGCAACAAACUCCUCAACAGCACCAUGUCGACGACGUUUUCGGCCACCAGCCAAUCGGUGAGAAGCACAGCGGUACACGUGUCGGCGGGACCAUGUAUCCUUCCUUUGGGCUGUGUGUUCGUUCAGUCAGCGUCUGCAACGCGCAAGGGUCUGACAGCUGAGAAAUGGAGCCCAAAGCACUGGCACAGGUAGGUGAAAGGAUCACACAAAGUCGAGAGCCCGUGUUCUCCAACUUCGUUGUCUGUGAGUGCUCUCGUCUUUCAGCGACCCAGAGUGCUUUCGGGAACCACUCGAGUAUGAAACGAUAUUUUCCAUGUGUAUUGUUCCGUCCCUUUGUGUCCAUCUUCCGUUUGUAGGCGAGACACGCCCGGCUCACCUGUAUGGAACAGCUCUGCCAGCUCCAAGCAGGUCAGUCGAUUCAGCGACUUGUCCACCAAUCGAUGAAAUGUGCAUGCCUCUUGUUCCCAGGCCAGACGCGGCAAGCACUACGACCGUCUCAUGCGGACGUGUGCCUCGCCGGAGGAAGCAGAGGAGCCCACUGGUCCGUCAAGGAACCUGUCACGCAGCAUUCAAAUGUCGCUGUGUCUCUACACAGAGCAAGACGAGGAUCGUAGCAAGAAGGAGCUGACCCGCUUUGUCGACUACGCCAGCGGCAUCGAGGGAGAGCCCGGAGGUAAGGCCGGCGCGGUCUCUCUGCACGUGUCUCUCCCCGUGUACGUCUUUGUGUAUUUGUGCAUUGAUGUAGAGGAUGAGGGCGAGGACGAGGAGGCCUUCGACGACUGGCAAAUCAGACUGAGGGCACUGCCAGAAGUGAGUCGUACAGACUCGUUUGCGCGGCAUCCGUAGGUGUGUUGAAUGUGCCUUUGCGACAGUUCUCUAAGAUAUCGGUCCUGAAGGGCCGUGAGGAGGAGAGGAAAGUUGACAUCAACAGAACAAAGGUACACAUGGAGCUCGCUAUGGCCAAAGGAGAUUUAAUGGUGCGUACACUGUUUCUGACAGACGUUGCGAAAGAUGCUCCGUGAGCGAUAUGCUGGGAGACAGAAACUGGCGGGGGUGAGCGGGGGCAAACGCAAAUGCGAACCUACACAGGAAGGAGCCUGACACAUCUGGUGUGUAGGUGUGGUUUGCCAACACCGACCGUGCUCCCGGCUACAUGCUGCCACAAGACUUGCAGGAGUAAGUACACAGCUCCAUGUGUCACUUUCCGCGGUAGCUUUGUGUGUGUCUGUGCAGUCUGGUGGACAAGAUGGGUGUGCAGGCUUCCUUGGCUGAGGUAUGCAGCCAUGCUACACCCACGAGAUACCAAUCGCACGUCGUGUCUGGGUGCAGUGCCGCACCUUGAUAGCAGCUGUCGACAGAGACGACAAAGGUACAGACGAAUCGGUCAUACAGUGCUGACGACGUCCACAUCAAUCGAUGUGUCUCGGUCAUCAUCAGGCGCCGCGACCUUCUCGGAGUUCAACCAUCUCAUUUUCUCCACCCAGCUGCCCCUGGAGCCACACAAGGGGGCGGCGGGCGCCCAGGGUUCGUUCAACCACCGCCAAGCCAGGAACCUCAUACGCACACUCACCGCUAAGUCAGCAGCUGACAGUAGGGACACAUGGUGGCCGAGCGUGAGUGUCUGCUGUGUUGGCCAGGCUUGGCGCGAUGCCUCGCGAGUUUUGGCAGGUCGACGUCAACGACGAGGGCCACAUCACCCUGCCGCAAUUCGACACAGCACUCAAGCGGGCGGUAAAGGCACUACAUGCAUCGCUUCAUUCACCGAUCAGAAUUGCAGCUUUUCUCUCGUGACCCACAGGUGAAGGGUCUGAGUUGCGAGGCCGUGGAUUGGCUAUGGCACAAGGCGCUGCAGCUACAGAAGCGAGAGAAGGCCGAGCCAGGCAUCACCGUAGCCCAGGGGAAGAAAGCUCUCCGCGCGUCCCUUACGCACCCUGACCUCGACGAGGCCGAGCAAGCUCAACAGCAACAACAGGAGGGAGAGGAGGGGUCGUCGCCGAGAGAGGGUCAACUGCCGUCAGCGGUCAGCAGUGGUGCGGAUGAGCACGCCACGCUGGACUGGCGGGGAUUCCUCAAGACAAUCGCCGCAUACGAACACAUGCACAGGUGCUUUGAUGAACGCAGAUAGGAAGGGGAAAGCAAACCCAUUCAUGUCGUGCCUGUUGAUUCACAGGCCUCUCACGCCGCCGACGAUCCAAAGCGAGCUGGUAAGAGAGAGACACGACUUCACUCACUCUUGCUCGGGUGUCUCCACGUACCUACGGUUGGUCAGAGUGUAAAGCGGUUGAUCGAUCGCACCCUGCCAGUGACCACCGUCGCGCCGCAGCUGCUGGACGUGCUCGAAGACGACUCCAAGAACAAGGUGGGUUCAUAGAUGCACAACCUAUGGACGUUGCUGUGACAUGUGUCUGCUUGUACGUCUGGGACGUUCACAGGAGGUGAAGCUGGUCGGCGGCAAGCUCACGACCAAGACGCUGGAGACAUCCUGGAAACCACAGGCAGGGCAAUGGGUCUGGCUUUUUCAUGCAGGGUCAUAUUUCCGUCUUCCUUUGCGUCAGGACUGCGGCAUGAAGACCCUAAACUACGUCGAGCAGCUCAGACUCAAAGGUCAGUCAGCACAGCACAAUCACCCUCUGCCUCUCUCUCUCUUUUCUCUCCCUCUGUCUCUCAGCGUGGCGCUGCAAGCGGGCUCUCCAGCAAGCACUCCCCGAGAGCAUGCUCAAGUCCAUCCUGCAGGACAAACCCCUCAUCAAGCGCUCAGACCUCGAGAAAAUCAUCGUUCAAGAAGUAAAGAAGAUCAAGAGAAAGCUCACGCAAGACAUGCUGCCGGAUGGCGCUGGCACUGCACAAGCCGAGACGACACGACCGCCAGCAGAGGAGCUUCGCCCCCCAGCAGAGAGCGAGUUUGGGAAUGUCAUAAGAAUCGAUUCUGCAGAAGGUCUGACGGAGAGUCAAAGGAAGAGGCUGGUGCCUCUGCCUGUGGGCGCAACACUAGCACCGAAAGAGGGUGCACUGGCGCGGAUCGUGUCGCCGGGAUACUCGCCCAGCCGGGCAGAAGCAGGCACAAUCAAGUGAGAAGACACGUAACAACAUGACUGGAUGUCUGAGCGACGUCGAUGCUUUGUCUGAUGCUGUGUGCAGGGAGAAGGCGAUGGCUUAUCGGCCUGAGCUGGAGGAGGCGUUGUUGGCCAACAGGGGCUCGGGGGCCAUGGGCUUCGACCACCCACUCACCGUCAACUUCAAAGGUACGCAGGGGUGUCACAGACGUACGCGUGAUGUUUCUUCUGCGUGUACAGGCGGUGGCGUAAAGCCCGUGGACACCUACCUGGCGCCAUCGGACAUUCAGGCCUUCCUCGUCACGCAGAAGGCUAACAAGCAGUAAGCAAGACACAACAACAGAAGCAACUGACGUGGAGGUGAAUCAUGUUGUUUGUUUCAAGUGACGAGAUCGAUGUCCGCGACUUGGUCAACAAUUUGUACCACCGCACUGCAGGCGGAUAUCGGGAGGACCACCAGUACCAAGAUGCACUCGAGCCGUCGCUGCGGCAACUCAGACCCCACGCAAUGGUACGAACAAACGCACCGUCAGCAGUGAGAUACACACCUGUGUACACCAUUCCUCGCCUUUGCAGCCUGUCGGUGGAGAGGUGUCCCAGCGUGAUGCGGGAGCCUCCCCUGCGCCCACGUAUCUCCACCCCCGGAUGCAGAGGCUCAUGGCCGCACUCCAAGACGCCGUUGCAGAGAAAAAGCGGGCCAGCGGUGAGCACAUGCGGACAGAAUGUGCACACACAGGUGUGUCUCUCAUGUGCAUCGUGCACUCAGAUGCUGCCAAGCCGUCUAAGAUGUUCCGUCGAUUAAACAUGGAUGGGGACGGCUACGUCGACUUGGAAGAUCUCACAAGGGCAGCGCAGCAAUACAAAGUAACCAAUACUCACACACCAAUUCCGCCAGACAACGUAUUCGAGUCCGUGCCGAGACUGUCUCCUUAUCAGAUUGCAGCUGCCCCAGAGGACCUCCGUGACUUGAUGCACGCCCUUGAUGAGAGCCACAAUGGCUCCGUCGACAUAGGCGAGUUCACGAGAAACUUCCAGGUCGUCGAAGGCUCAUGGGGCGACAAGAUGCGGAAAACGGCAAGGGUUGUCCCACAGAGGCAAGAUGAGGCCGUCAUGGCUGCCAGGCUCACUACGCAUCCGAAGGAUACAGAGGCGGCUGAGGCACAGGCCGUCGAUCAGCCAUCCGUCAGCGCCCUCCAGUUGAUCUGCUGCCGCAUUAAGGGCGAGUACGAGGAGACAAAGGAACAGGUCGCCAUGAAAAAACCGCCUGGGAGAUUCGAUCGGUAUGGAUGCAUGUGUCCACAGAGAGACAGACACACUGCCACCUCUGUGUGUGCAGGACACGCUAUGACGAUCACACCAAGCCGUUGGUGCAGCCAUCGCAGCCGUGUGGGCUGACCAUCGACCCCUCCCUGCGCUUCAGCUCUUCCUACACCUCCACAUUCAACGCCAUGGGGGCAUACGGUACCUGCCGUGAGACACACAGCCAACCGUGUCUCUCUCAUAUAUAUCGAUCGCUCUCAUGUUGCAUGGCCCUCAUCAGAUCCCAUGAAUGUGUCUUUGACGGACGCGCAGAAGAAAGAACACCUGGCGGCGCUGCGAGUGGAAAGGUACAAAACCGCAGACAAGGAGUAUCCACGGCGAUAGGUCUUCCUCUCUUCCUGUCUUCCCGUCCUGCUGUGCAGGAAGCGCUUGAAGGCAGAAGAGUAUGAGGAUCAGAAGGUCGUGCAGCAGUCGUGUCUGGGCGACAUGCAGGCCAAGCGAGCGGCGUUGAAGGCCCUCAACAGGCUGGCCCACGAGAGACGCGCACGGCACAUGUGAGUGAGACACAGGCUUCUGCAGCAGUUGUUUGCCGAAAGAAGAGCCAGGGGUGCGUGCGUGCGUGCAUGGCCGAGAUCGAACUAUCCUUUGAAUCCAAGUUGUUCCAACAUAUGCUUCACAACAACGACAAAC